CUUGCUUUCCUUUUUUUUUGUUUUUUAAAAAAAAAAUUAAAGCAGAACUUUAUCCCCAUAUAUAUUCAUACACUCUUUUUAUUUUUAUUUUUUUUGCAUAUACCUUUUUUUUUUUUUUUGCAACUCUGAUUUUUAAAAAUACAAUAUGAAAGUCAAAGUAUUGUCUCGCUCCUCCAACGAUUAUGUGCGUGAACGUGUAGAAGAUAUUCAUAAAGUACAACGUAAUUUGGACCCCAGUGCUCAUCCAUUUGAACAAGGCAGAGAAUACACCAGAGCUUUAAAUUCAGUCAAGUUGGAUCGUUUAUUCGCCAAACCUUUUGUGUCGUCAUUGAAUGGACACAUUGACGGUGUCUAUUGUAUGACGAAACAUCCUUCUCAACUCAACAGCAUGAUUUCAGGUUCGGGCGAUGGAGAGAUUCGUAUUUGGGAAUUGUCCGAAGAAAAGACGACUUGGAGAGUUCAGGGUCAUCGUGGCAUGGUCUCUGGUGUAUGUUCCGGUAAAGACAAUGGUCGUUUCUUAUCCUGCUCCACCGAUAAAACCGUUAAAGUCUGGGGAGAAGGCUCUGAGCCUAUUGAAACGUACAUGGGUAAGCAUGCCUUUACAGGUUUAUCCCAUCAUCGUUCCGAGUCGAUUUUUGCUACCUCUGGUGGUACUGUGGAAGUAUGGGAUGAAGCUCGAUCUGAACCCAUUCAUGAUUUUGCUUGGGGUGCCGAUUCGUAUCAAACUGUUAAAUUUAACCAAGUACAAACCAACAUCUUUGCCUCUUGUGGUACUGAUCGUACUGUGGUACUUUAUGAUUUAAGAACAAGUAAACCAUUAUCCAAAUUGGUUAUGUCCUUAAAGACCAACGCCAUUGCUUGGAAUCCUAUGGAAGCGUAUAUCUUUACCACUGGUAGUGAAGAUCACAAUGCUUACACCUUUGACAUGAGAAAUAUGAAGUCUGCGCAAAACGUCAUGAAGGAUCAUGUGUCGGCCAUUAUGGACUUGGAUUACUCGCCCACUGGUCAGGAGAUUGUGACGGGUUCAUACGAUCGUACGAUCCGUUUAUACGAUGUAGGAAAGGGUCAUAGUCGAGACUGUUACCAUACGAAGCGUAUGCAACGUGUGUUUGCAGUGCAGUAUUCGAUGGAUAGUAAAUAUGUGUUGUCAGGUUCAGAUGACGGUAAUAUCCGUAUUUGGAAGGCACAUGCUAAUGAAAAGAUGGGCGUAAAGGACUGGCGUGAGAAGCAUAAGCUGGAAUAUGCUCAAAAGUUGAAGGAGAGAUACGGUCACAUGACAGAGAUCCGUAGAAUUGAUAAGCAUAGAAGAACACCCAAGGAUAUCAAGUUGGCUGAUAGUACAAAGAAGGAAAUUUUGAAGGCUGAGAAGCGAAAGGAUGAUUUAAGACGUAAACACUCCAAGAAACUGGAUGCGGUUAAGCGUGUGCCUGAGAGAGAAAAGGCCAUUAUUGGCAUUGCCAAGUAAUAAUAGUAGUAAUAGUAUUAUAUCUGCAUUCCCCCCACCACCACCACCACCAUCACCCUCCUUUACUACAUUAGAAAUCAACGCUUAUUGGGCAAUUCAAAAGAAAGAAAGCAAUAAAUUGUAAUAUAUAUAAACAAACAGUCAUUACUUUUUUUUAAUAUUAAAGGAAACAUGUAAGAAGCAUC